AUGAGUAGUCUGGUUUCUCAGUCCGAGUAUCAUGAGGUUGAAUCACCAGCAUCACCCCCUGAGACCGAAAUGACCAAUUCAACACCCAACACGGAGUUUUCUCCGCCAUAUACCCCUGAACAAAAGGUGCAGCAGUUGAUGAAGGACACAAGAACUGCUGCACGGAAGAAAUUGGGGCAGCUAACACUCGAAGAGAAGGUCUCGCUACUUACAGCCGCAGACUUCUGGAGAACGAAAACCAUCCCAUCCAAGAACAUUCCCGCAGUUAAAACAUCAGACGGACCCAAUGGUGCUCGCGGAGGCAUUUUCGUCGGAGGAACCAAGGCUGCCCUUUUCCCUUGCGGCGUUUCUCUGGCAGCCACAUGGAACAAGGAGCUGCUCUACGAAGUCGGCCAGCACCUGGCUGACGAGACCAAGGCUAGGUCUGCCAACGUUCUCCUUGCGCCAACGGUCUGCAUGCACCGUCAUCCUCUUGGCGGGCGCAACUUCGAAUCAUUCUCAGAGGACCCCCUUCUAACCGGAAAGCUGGCUGCUCAGUAUAUUCGUGGAUUACAGGAGAAAGGAGUGGCAGCUACGAUCAAGCAUUAUGUGGGCAACGAGCAGGAAACCCAUAGGUUGACAAUCGACUCUCUCAUACAGGAGCGGCCACUUCGUGAGAUCUAUCUCCGACCUUUUGAAAUCGCCGUUCGUGAGGCCAACCCCUGGGCGUUGAUGUCCUCAUACAAUUUGAUCAAUGGUGUCCAUGCGGACAUGAACAACUUCACACUCAAAGAUAUUCUGCGAGGUGAAUGGGGAUAUGAUGGAACCGUCGUCUCUGAUUGGGGUGGCCUUAACUCGACGGUUGAAUCAAUCAGUGCGGGGUGUGAUAUUGAGUUCCCCUAUUCCCCAAAGUGGCGAUUUGACAAAGUCAUUGAGGCGAUCAACGAGGGCAAACUAUCCCAGGAGGAUAUUGACCGUGCCGCUGAGAAUGUACUCACAUUGGUAGAGCGCCUGAAAGGCGAUGACAUGUCUGCCGAGCAAUCAGAGAGGGAGGACAACCGAGAGUCGACGAGAAAUCUUAUCCGCAACGCAGGUGCUGAAGGCUUGACCCUCUUGAAGAACGACGGCGCUAUCCUACCUCUCAACCCAAAAACAACCAAGGUUGCUGUGAUCGGUCCCAAUGCAAACCGAGCCAUCGCCGGUGGAGGAGGAAGUGCCAGCUUGAACCCCUACUACAGAACGAUUCCUCUUGAAAGCAUUCGUGCUGUGUCCGAACAGAAGGUGACUUUCGCGCAAGGAUGUCACAUUUACAAAUGGUUGCCAGUUGCAUCGCCGUAUUGCACUGAAAAAUCAGGAAAGCCUGGUGUAGGCAUCGAAUGGUUCGCUGGAGAUAAAUUCGAGGGAGAGCCGGUCGUCAUACAGAGACGCACAAACACCGAUUUGUUCCUUUGGGAUUCUGCCCCGCUCAACGAAGUUGGACCCGAGUGGUCCGCUAUUGCCACGACUUACUUGACAUCAAAGACUACUGGCAAGCACACCGUUAGCUUCAUGAGCGUAGGACCCGGUAAACUGUACGUCAACGGCAAGCUCGCUUUGGACUUGUGGGACUGGACUGAAGAGGGCGAGGCUAUGUUUGACGGCUCAGUGGACUACCUGGUCGACGUCGACAUGGAAGCGGGCAAGUCGGUGGAGCUCAAGGUUGAGAUGACCAACGAACUGCGACCAAUUGCCAAGCAGAAGCAGUUUGGUAUCACGCACAAGUACGGAGGCUGCCGAAUUGGCUUCAAAGAGGAGGAUCAGAUCGACUUCCUCCAGGAAGCUGUUGACGCCGCCAAGGCCGCAGAUGUUGCUGUUGUGAUCGUUGGCCUUGACGCGGAAUGGGAAUCUGAAGGAUACGACAGACAAACUAUGGACCUCCCAUCCGACGGGAGUCAGGACCGGCUCAUCGAAGCAGUGGUGAAGGCAAAUGCCCGCACUGUCGUUGUCAACCAAUCCGGCACACCCGUGACCAUGCCUUGGGUUGACCAAGUUCCCACCAUCAUUCAGGGAUGGUACCAGGGACAAGAAGCUGGGAAUGCACUCGCUGAUGUUCUUUUUGGAAUCAAGAACCCCAGCGGAAAGCUCCCGUCUACUUUCCCUAAACGCAUCCAGGAUACGCCUGCGUAUAACAACUGGCCUGGCGAAAACCUAAAGGUCAACUACGGCGAAGGAAUUUACAUUGGCUAUCGUCACUAUGAAAGAGCACUAAUCGAGCCCUUGUUCCCUUUCGGUCACGGCCUGUCCUACACCACUUUCGAGUAUGGACGCCCAUCGAUCAGCACAAAGACGCUAACAGCCCGAGGCACUAUUGAGAUUGUCUUUGCAGUUAGUAACAUUGGCUCUGUGGCUGGCUCCGAAGCUGUUCAGAUCUAUGUGCGGGAUGACAAGUCAAGACUACCCCGCCCGGAGAAGGAGCUUGUCGCCUUUGAGAAAGUGUUCCUCGAAGCCGGAGAGACGAAGCACCUCCACAUCUUCCUGGACAAGUACGCCGUGGGUUACUACGACACGUCGGUCCCGGGAUGGAUUGCCGAGGAGGGAACCUUUAAAAUCAUGAUUGGUGCUUCCUCCGCUGACAUUAAGUAA